AUGACAGUCGAGACGCCAAAGUCGUUGAAAAAGGUCACUACUAUGCCUGGAUCAUCCGGCAAGAAGAAGUACAAACAGGCUACGAUAUCUUCUUUUUUCAAGAAACGAGAGAAACCGGUUGAAUCGGAAUCAAAUGAUACAUCGCCAUUGAAGGAGAAAUCAGAAACUGAUGCUAAAAAGAAGGAUACGACUUCGAAAGGGCCUCUACAAUUCAAACAUCAACCAGAGGUAGUGGAGAAAGAACCUGCAACCAAGACCGAACCAAGCAAACCCGAGGCAACAAAAACUGUGGAAACUGUUACCUCAUUAAGGGGAAGAAAGAGGAAAAAUGUAAGCCUGAGGGAAAGUGAUGACGAUAAUGACGAUGACGACGGAGAUAUCUCUAUGUCCAAGAGAAGCAGAAAUAGAAGUAAGAUCGAGGACGAUGAUAGCGAGGAUGAAUAUAAAGAUGAUGGAGACGACGACGAAGAGGAAGAAGAUAACGACGAAGGUGUUGAAGAUACUUCUUUAAACCCUCAACUUUCUAAUGGCUCCGACGACGACGACGACGACGAGGAUCUUCUCGCUCUGGCAUCGAAGAAAAGUACGAAAAAAGCUGUGGUAUCUACGCCAGCCCGUAAACCCUUGGCUUAUAAUCCUAACAGAUCUUUACCGGCCACUCCAAAAUCUCAGGGGAAACAUACAAAAUUUAACAAGACCAACGGGGAACGUUACCAAUGGUUGGUUCAUGAAAGAGACGCAGAGGGUCGUGAUAAAUCCGAUCCUGACUAUGAUCCAAGAACGUUAUAUAUUCCUGGAGAUGCGUGGUCUAAGUUUACUCCAUUCGAAAAACAGUACUGGGAAAUCAAAUCAAAGAUGUGGGACUGCAUCCUAUUCUUUAAGAAGGGAAAAUUCUUCGAACUUUAUGAAAAGGACGCACAUUUGGGUCAUCAUUUGUUCGAUUUGAAAAUUGCUGGUGGUGGAAGAGCAAAUAUGCAACUUGCCGGGGUUCCAGAAAUGUCCUUUGAUUACUGGGCCUCUCAAUUCAUUCAAUAUGGUUAUAAAGUCGCAAAAGUCGAUCAAAAGGAAUCGAUGUUGGCCAAAGAAAUGAGAGAGGGGUCUAAGGGGAUUGUGGAAAGAGAACUACAAUGUGUUCUAACGUCAGGUACUUUAACAGAUUCCGAAAUGUUGAAAUCAGAUCUUGCAACGUACUGUGUCGCUGUGAGAGAAGAACCAAUUACUUAUUACGAUGAAGAAAUCUUAGCUCUACCCAAAACCGGCAAAUAUUUUGGUUUCGCUGCAAUAGAUACAGCAACAGGACACAUCGAUUUGCUUGAGUUUGAAGACGAUGAGGAAUGCUCUCAGCUAGAUACAAUAAUGUCACAAUUUAAACCUACUGAAGUCAUCAUGGAAAAAUCUAAUGUUUGCUCAUUAGCUCAAAAGAUUAUCAAAUUUAACGCUCAACCAGAGGCUAUCAUCAAUCAACGCACAAGUAAAGAGUUUUAUGAUUUCGAAAAAACGUUCGAUGAGCUUAUAACACAUGAGUACUUUAAAUCGAUGGACAGAUGGCCUACUGUACUCAAAUCCUACUAUGAGACAGGGAAGAAGGUUGGAUUCCAUGCAUUCGGUGGCCUUCUUUCUUAUUUACAAUGGCUAAAGCUAGAUACUUCUUUGGUUACUAUGGGACAAGUAGAAGAAUACAAUCCUGUGAGGUCACAAACUUGUCUAGCGCUAGAUGGAAUCACUUUACAAAACUUGGAAAUAUUUGCCAACACAUAUGAUGGAACAGAUAGAGGCUCCUUGUUCAAAUUGAUCAACAGAGCAAUCACUCCAAUGGGGAAAAGAAAAUUAAGGAAAUGGGUGAUGCAUCCGCUUCUCAAAAUUGAGGAUAUAAACUCGAGACUCGAUUCUGUGGAUUUACUUCUCAGCGACAUGAAUUUAAGAGACCUGCUUGAAAAUGAAUUGCUCAAAUUACCUGAUCUAGAGAGAAUGUUAUCAAGAGUACACUCAUGUUCAUUAAAGAUCCAAUACUUCAACAAAGUACUAUGUGGCUUCGAGGAUAUUCUAGCUCUUGUGGAAAAGCUUUCAAUCUUUGCAGACCUAAAAGGUUCAUUGAAGAGCUAUCUUACAGAAAUCCCUUCGUCUCUCACCACAGUUUUGGAAGCCUGGAGUAACGCGUUCGACAGGAAUUUGGCCGUUAAAGAUGGUGUAAUUGUCCCUAACAGAGGGGUAGAACCGGAGUUUGAUGAGUCAAUGGAUAGAAUUCAAGGUAUUGAAGAUCAACUUCAGGAAUGUUUGACUCAAUACAAGAAACUUUUGAAAAGCUCUAACAUACAAUUUAAAGAUUCAGGGAAAGAAAUCUAUACGAUAGAAGUACCCAUGGCAGCCACAAGAAAUGUUCCUCAUGAGUGGACUCAGAUGGCGGCUAAUAAAUCAUUUAAGCGCUAUUACUCCGCAGAUGUCCAGCGCUUGGCUAGACAAAUGGCGGAAGCUCGUGAAAUGCACAAAGUUUUAGAAGAUGAUUUGAAGAACAGACUUUAUAAGAAGUUUACAAACCAUUACAACGCUGUGUGGCUCCCAACAAUCCAAGCGAUUUCAAACAUUGAUUGUAUCAUAUCGUUGGCAAGGACAUCUGAAUCUUUGGGCUUCCCUGCUUGUAGACCAAAACUAGUGGAAGGACUACACCCAGAAACAAACGAAAAGCUAAACGGGUAUAUAAGAUUCAAGGAACUCAGACAUCCUUGCUUCAACAUGGGAUCAAGUUCAGCAAAAGAGUUUAUUCCAAAUGACGUUGUAUUAGGUAAGGAUGCUCCACAACUUGGAUUGUUGACGGGUGCCAAUGCGGCAGGUAAAUCUACCGUUCUUAGAAUGACAUGCGUAGCGGUAAUAUUAGCCCAGCUUGGAUGCUACAUUCCAUGUGAGGAAGCAGAAUUUACACCUGUGGAUAGAAUAAUGACGCGUUUAGGAGCUAGUGAUAAUAUAAUGCAAGGAAAAUCGACCUUCUUUGUCGAAUUGAGUGAAACAAAGAAAAUUCUUGAUCUAGUCACUAAUAGAUCUUUGCUGGUCGUCGACGAACUAGGGAGAGGUGGUUCUUCUAGCGACGGUUUUGCCAUCGCAGAAGCUGUUUUACACCAUGUUGCGACGCAUAUCCAAAGUCUAGGCUUUUUCGCUACACAUUAUGCAGCGUUGGGAUCAAGCUUUACUAAUCACCCUAACGUACAACCUCUAAAAAUGGCCAUUUUGGUAGAUGAGGAAUCAAGGAACGUUACUUUCUUGUACAAACUUGUAGAUGGGAAAAGUGAUGGCUCCUUUGGUAUGCAUGUAGCGUCAAUGUGUGGAAUUCCUAGGUCAGUCGUUGAUAAUGCGUCUAUUGCAGCAGAAAACUUGGAGCAUACUUCCAAACUGAUCAAAGAACGGAAGAAUUUACACCAGAGCAUAAACCCUGUACCCCUAGGGCUACAAAGUGACGUAGUGCGGUUAGUGUAUGGUGAUGGACUUACAAAUUCGAAGGGAGGUACCGGUGAAGGUGUCAGAGUUUAUGAUAACAACAUUAAAAGCAAUGUCCUAAAAAGCUUCAUUUCUGUAAUAGACGGAUUGACGGUAUAA